AUGUCUCAAAAUCCAUCACGGCGUUCGUCAUCUUAUGGAACCUGGGAAUCUCCAAUAAAAUCUCGUUUAAUAGCUGAAAAUACAAUUGCGUUUAGCGAAAUUUCAUUUGAUCUAGCAAAUAGUAAAAAUAACGAUGUUUAUUGGCUGGAACUUCGUCCGUCUGAAUCAGGUCGUUAUGCAAUUGUUCGCUAUUCUCGUUCAAAUGGUACAAUUGAAGAUGUAAUACCAAAAUCAUUUAACAGUCGCACAAAAGUUCAUGAGUAUGGUGGAGGAAGUUAUAUUGUUCAUAAUGAAUCGAUUUAUUUUUCAAAUUUUGCUGAUCAACGUUUGUAUCAUCUAAAGGAAACGAAUCUGCCCACACCAUUAACAUUAGACACAGAAAAAUUAAUGCGCUAUGCCGAUUUUAUUGUUGAUCAAAAACGUCAGCGUUUAUAUUGUGUACGUGAAGAUCAUACAAAUGCUAAAGACAGCAGUCAAGUAGUCAAUACACUUGUUAGUAUCGGAUUAAAUGAUGGUAAAGAAGAUGUUCUUGUUGAUGGUUAUGAUUUUUAUUCAUCACCAAGAUUGAGUAAUGAUGGUAAAUAUUUGGUAUGGUCAUGUUGGAAUCAUCCAAAUAUGCCUUGGGAUAAUACAGAAUUGUGGUUAGCUAAAUUAGACGAUAAUGGAAAAGUGUUAGAUAAACAAAAAUUAGUUGGUAAUUCAAAUGAAUCAGUAUGUCAACCAGAAUGGUCUCCAGAUAAUAAAUAUCUUUAUUUUAUUAGUGAUCGUAAUGGAUGGUGGAAUUUGUAUCGUUUAAACAUUGAUCAAAGUUCGAAUAUUGAAGAAGUUUAUACAAUGGAAGCGGAAUUUGGCGGUCCACAGUGGCAAUUUCGAUCAACCUUUUAUGGAUUUUCAUCAAAUGAAAAUAUUGUUGCUACCUAUGCAAACAAUGGUGGAAGUUUUCUAUCGACAAUUGAUGUUCAAACAAAAAAAAUGUCAACAUAUUCUUUAGAUUCAUAUACAGAUAUUAAAAGUGUUUCUAUACGAAAUAAUAAUAAUAUGGUUUAUUUUGUUGGUGCAUCAGCAACAAAGCCAAGCGAAAUUGUUGAAUUUGAUUUAACAUCAUUAAAAAUAAAUGUAUUACGUCAAUCAUCAAAUAUAACAAUUGAUAAAGCUUAUUUAUCAAUACCGAAAGCCAUAUCAUUUCCCACAACAAUUCCAAAUAAUACUCAAAAAGAAAUUGCUUAUGGUUUUUAUUAUCCACCAAAAAAUGAUGAUUAUCAAACAAAUGAUAAAAAUGAAUUACCAUUGUUACUCGUUCGAUCUCAUGGUGGUCCUACAGCAAGUACAACAUCUGCAUUUAAUUUAAAAAUUCAAUAUUGGACUAGUCGAGGUUUUGCCGUAUUAGAUGUAAAUUAUCGUGGAUCAACAGGAUUUGGACGAGAAUAUCGAGAAAAAUUAAAAAAUAAUUGGGGUAUUUAUGAUGUAUUAGAUUGUAUUAAUGGAGCAAAAUAUCUUGUUGAACAAAAUUUAGUAGAUAAAAAUCGUUUAGUUAUUGAUGGUGGAUCAGCUGGAGGAUAUACAACAUUGUGUGCUCUAACAUUUUAUGAUACAUUUUCAAGUGGUGCCUCACAUUAUGGUGUUAGUGAUUUGGAAUUAUUAGCUAAAGAUACACAUAAGUUUGAAUCAAGAUAUUUAGAUUCAAUUAUUGGUCCUUAUCCGGAAUGUAAAGAUUUAUAUAUUCAACGUUCACCAAUUAAUCAUGUACAACAAUUAUCAAAACCUAUUAUAUUUUUUCAAGGUCUUGAAGAUAAAAUUGUUUUACCAUCACAAGCACAAUUAAUGGUUGAUGCAUUAAAACAAAAACAUUUACCUGUUGCUUAUGUUACAUUUGAAGGUGAACAACACGGUUUUAGAAAAUCUGAAAAUAUUGAACGUAGUCUUGAUGGUGAAUUUUAUUUUUAUUCAAAAAUUUUUAAGUUUAAAAUGGCUGAUUGUAUUGAACCAAUUCCAAUUGAAAAUUUACCGUCGGAUGAUAAAUAA